GCACUGUACAACAUAAUGUAAAGUAACAAAACCUCGAUUUCGAACAAAAAGCAACAAAAUGUCUCUUUUAAGAAAUAUUCUGAAAUUUGAACCUUUUUCCAAAUCUUCUUAUCUGAAAUGUGUCAUUUUUUGUACCAGAGGAGUUUCAAAACAAUUCAAUGACAUGAAGUUGGACCAACCACCGCCAUCAUUUGAAGGUAUUGAACUACCAGAACAAAGAAAGUUGCCUGUCAUAGCCAAAAUUCCUCAAUAUUAUAUUAAUCAGAAACCGCCACUGCUUCGGAAAUUACACAACGAUUUAAGAGGACCUGAACGAAUCCACAAUACACUUUUACAUGGACAGUAUGGAAUUAUUGCAUUAAGUGCUGGAUACCUCAAGUAUGGCAGCAUUGAAGUCAUAAGAAACACUGUUAAUAGAGAACUAGAUACUAGGAGAAUGUUUGCUGUUUGGAGAAUCGACCCAUUGUGGAAACCAGUGUCUAAAAAAAGCAUUGGUAAAAGAAUGGGUGGUGGAAAGGGCAGUGUUCAUCAUUAUGUUACUGCUGUCAGAGCUGGAAGGAUUGUUAUAGAAGUUGGUGGAAAAGCUGAGUACAGUGAAGUGUAUCCCUUCCUUAAUAGAGUAGCUCAGAAAAUGCCUUUUGAUGCUAUUCCCGUCAGUAAAGAGAAAUUAGACGAAAUAGAAAAAGAAGCUAUUGAGAUUCAUGAAAAGAAUAUCAAUCCAUUUUCUUUUAAACACAGUGUAGAAAAAAAUAUGCAAGGUUGUUAUACAUGGAUUAGCGAAUGGGAUAGAACACAUUUUAAUGAAUAUAUUUAAUUGUUAUAUUGUAUAUCAACAGUGUUUGAAAAUAAAUUGUCUG